UGCGCCAAGCUGGAGUGAUCGCUCAGAAUCAAACUGCAGUGACAACUCAACAACAAGCUGGAAUGUCAACUGUGCGCCAAGCUGGAGUGAUCGCUCAGAAUCAAACUGCAGUGACAACUCAACAACAAGCUGGAGUGACAACUCAACAACAAGCUGGAAUGUCAACUGUGGGCCAAGCUGGAGUGACGAUUCAACGUCAAGGACCCCUCUACCCAAUUGCUGGAACAACAAGCUCUCGUUCAGAUGAUGGAAGUUCUCCUGCAAUUUCACUCCUACGAACCUUUAACUAUUUCGGACAGCUUUACUCUCAGAUUUAUGUGAACCACAACGGACAUCUGACCUUUGAUGCACCAUGGUAUAGUUAUUCUCCUCAACAAUUUCCGAUGUAUGGAAGCAGAGACAUCAUUGCUCCGUUCUGGACUGAUUUAGACAACAGAGGCAAUGGUGAUAUCUACUAUGUUCAGUACACCAGUGGCUCUCUUCUCCAGCAAGUUACACAGGACAUCAAUAGAUACUUCCCAGCUCUUAACUUUCAGGCCAACUGGAUCUUCAUAGCAACAUGGUAUGAAGUUGCAUAUUAUCCAAUGACUGGAACACAAACAACCUUUCAGGCAGUCUUGACUACCAAUGGCCAAUAUUCAUUUGUGCUGAUGAAUUAUGGGUCAAUAGCCUCCACAUCAAGAUAUAUACAGGCUGGAUACGAUACGAUCAGUUCCUCUCACCACUUCACCAUCCCUGGAUCAUUGUCUAGUGACGCAACCGGACCUAACUCAACGUUCAGUCUUGGCAGUAAUGUCAACAUACCCGGUCGCUGGGCCUUCCGUGUCGAUCAUGGAUCAUUAGUCUGUCAUUUUAAUGGUCAACCGGUUCAACUUGGCGACUCUUUCUGGAGUGACAGCACCUGUGCACAGAAGUGCACCUGCACCAGAGCAGGGCUGCAAUGCUCCAACAAUCCUUGCUCCUUUUCCCAAAUCUGUCGGCCAGCUGCCUUUCAGUACUCCUGCCAGACUGUGCAAAGACAAACCUGCACCGUCAGUGGAGAUCCACAUUACUACACCUUUGACAACUCAGUGUUUCACUUUCAAGGCACAUGCACAUAUGUUCUGUCAGAGCAGUGUCAGAACGGACUGCCCUACUACAGAGUUGAGGGGAAGAACGAGCAUCGCGGCAGCACUCAUGUUUCAUGGACACGGCUGGUCAAAGUCUUUGUCUAUGAUGAAACUAUCGAGUUAGUUAAAGGACAUUAUGGAGAGGCCAAGGUCAAUGGAAGCUUUGCAACAACUCCAUUUUCCCUCAGAAAUGGCUCUAUCCAGGUUUAUCAGUCAGGUUUCUCUGUUAUCAUCAGCACCGACUUUGGUCUGAUGGUGUCUUAUGACAUGUAUUCAUAUGUCCAGAUAGCUGUGCCCUACACGUAUCAGAACAGCACAUGUGGGCUCUGUGGAAACUUCAACAAUCGCCCUGAGGAUGACUUUCAAAGCCGUCAGGGUGAAGUGGUUAGCUCUGAUGUGGUUUUUGCUAACAGCUGGAAAGCUGCUGGUGAUGAUCAGCCUGGCUGUGAUCCUCAGUGUUCAGGUCUGGCCUGUGCCGGUUGCACAGCAGCUCAGACAGCACUGUACAGAAACUCUGCCCACUGUGGUAUUCUUGAGAACAGCACAGGACCAUUUGCUGCAUGCCAUCAACAUCUCCCUCCAGGAUCUUUUGUGGAUAGCUGUGUGUAUGAUCUCUGUGUCAGUGGAGGGUAUCAACCCAUUCUGUGCCAAGCCCUAAAUGUCUACUCAAGUCAGUGUCAACAAAAUGGGAUCCAGCCACAAAGCUGGCGGACUUCUGGCUUCUGUGAAAUCCCCUGCCCAGCCAAUAGCCACUAUGAGGCCCAGGGUACAGGAUGUCCAUCUACAUGUGUCAACCCCAAUUCCACCAACAACUGCCCCUCCCAAAUCAAGAAAGCUGUCAAUUCAGGCUACCUCCUGAGUGGAGGGGUCUGUGUCCCUCAUGCUGACUGUGGCUGCAGCUUUGAGGGUCACUACUACCGCUCAGGAGAAACUGUCAUACUGGAUGCAGACUGUGGGAGACGCUGUACAUGCAGCUAUGGCUCCAUGACUUGCAGCUCUCACAGCUGUGGCCAACAUGAGUCCUGCAGGGUGGAGGAUGGAGUAAGAGGCUGUAGACCAAACAGCUUUGCAACGUGUUGGAUAAGAGGCCCAGGAUCAUAUCAUACAUUUGAUGGAGUGAUGUACCAGUACCCAGGAGCAUGUCGCCUGACCCUUGCCAAAGUUAUGGGGUUCUCUAAUCAUUCACACUUCAUGGUCACUGUGGAAAAAGUUCCACAGGGGGCUCAAGGUUUCUCCAAUGUGCUAAAGUUUGAGGCAGAGGGAACACAAGUUGCUAUUGAGAUGGCAAGAAGUACCACUGUUAAGGUUGAUGGCCAGCUGACCAGACUGCCCUUUAGCUCUGGGUCCAACAGAAUCCGCAUCUUCCAAAGCAACACUCACAGUGUAAUCCUUCAAACAGACUUUGGUGUAACUCUGCAGACUGUCUGGCCUCACUUUGUGCGUGUCACUGCACCAGGUGUCUACAGUGGUUCAUUAGGUGGACUUUGUGGAAACUACAAUGUUGAACAGAGUGACGAUUUCCGUACACCCAAUGGUACUCUAGUCAGUGACUCCCAGAUGUUUGGGGACAGUUGGCGAGAUGGCUCCCUGGCAGAUCACUGUGUGGAAAACAGACCCCGUAACUCUGCAACCAAUUUCAGUUCCAGUGAGUACUGUGGAGUUCUUACUUCACACGCUGGACCUUUUAGAUCAUGCUGGGCUGCAGUAAACCCUUGGCAGCAGGUAGAUGCAUGUGUAGAAAUCCUCCAAGGCUCCAGAGAUCCAGCAUCAACACUAUGUGAGGUCUUACGAGAUUAUGCACUGAUGUGUCAACAUAAGGGUGUAUCCCUGGGACAGUGGAGGAAUGCAACUGGCUGUGAACUAACCUGUCCAUCAAACAGUCAUUAUGAACUCUGUGGAAGCUCAUGUCCAUCUUCCUGCCCCAGCCUCUCCUUCCCCUUCACCUGUGACACUCAGUGCCAGGAAGGGUGCCAGUGUAAUAAUGGGUUUGUCCUCAAUGGUAACCAGUGUGUGCCUCCAACAUCCUGCGGAUGCUUUCAUGAUGGACGUUAUCGGCAAGCUGGUGAACAGUUCUGGGAUGGAGAAGAAUGUCAGAGCUUUUGCACCUGUAAUGGUGUAACUGGUGUAGUCCAAUGUUCUCCAAAUUCAUGUGGACCUCAGGAGUCCUGCCAUGUUGUGGGGGGUGAAUAUGGCUGCCAUCCCAACCCUCAUGGCACAUGCUCUGCCUCUGGAGACCCUCACUACAUGACCUUUGAUGGCAAGGCCUAUGACUUCCAGGGAACCUGCCGCUAUGUUCUAGCAACAGUUUGCAAUGACACUCUGAACCUUCACCAGUUUUCUGUGAAAGCAAAGAAUGAACCGUGGUUUGGACUGCCAGUUUCUAUCACGGCUGAAGUUUUUGUCGAUGUCUUGGGCUAUGAAGUGCGUAUGUCAAGAGGCAACAUUGGUACUGUGGAGGUGAAUGGAAUCACAAGAAACCUGCCCAUUGUCUUCAAUGGAAGCCUGUCUAUUUUUGGAAGUGGAUCGCAAACAUUUGUCAAUGCAGAGUUUGGGCUGAGUGUCAUGUAUGAUGGAAGUAGCACGGUGUCCAUUUCAGUGCCCCCAAGUUACAGAGGAAACAUGUGUGGACUUUGUGGAAACUUCAAUGGAAAUCCAAAUGAUGACUUCCACACUCCAAGUGGAGCAUCGUCCAACUCAGCAGAUGCUUUUGGGGCAGCUUGGAAGGUUCCUGGGAACUACACCUGUAGUGACAGCUGUGGCUCUUCAUGCGCACAAUGCAACGAUGACCGAUCUGCCAGGACCCAGUGUGAGGUGAUCCGGGCAGCUGAUGGCCCCUUCAGCUUCUGCCACGAGGAGGUGGAUCCAGCACCAUAUUUUAGUGACUGCGUCUUUGAUGUCUGUGUGUCGGGAAAUCGAGGCAGUGAUCUUCUGUGCAGGGCUCUAGAGACAUACGUCAGUGCCUGUCAGUCUGCUAAUGUCCGAGUCUACCCUUGGAGACAAAACACCACUUGCAGAAUGGUCUGUGCAGCCAACAGCCAUUAUGAGCUGUGUGGAACAGACUGUGGCCACACAUGUGCCAGCAGCAUUGAUGCUGCCUGUGACCAUGUUUGCUCUGAGGGAUGUUUUUGUGAUGAAGGUUUUGCCAGGAGUGGAACAAGCUGUGUCCCUGUGGAGAGCUGUGGCUGUCAGUAUGAUGGCUUCUACUUCAAUGCUGGUGAGUCCUUCUGGACAGACGGUUGCUCCCAACGGUGUGAAUGUCAAGCGCCCAAUGACCUGAUCUGCAGUCCCUCAUCAUGCACUCCUGCACAACAGUGCACCAUCAGAGAUGGCCAGCUGGGCUGUUUCGACUCCAUGUCUACCUGUACUGUAUGGGGUGACCCACACUACAUCACCUUCGAUGGAGCCCUAACUCAUUUUCAGGGAUCAUGCUCUUAUGUCAUCACUGAAAGCUUGAGACACAGCAACAAUGAAACUCAGUACAAAGUUGUGGCCACCAACAAGCACAGAGGAAACAAUCUUGUGUCUUUUGUGUCAUCAGUUGAUAUAUUCCUCUCAAAUCCUCAUCAGAGAGUUAAUGUUGGGAUCGGACCUAACAAGAGAGUCAAGGUAAAUGGAGCAGAGGUUU